AUGGGGUCUGGAGCGGCGCUGCCGCUGCUGAGGGCCCUGCUGUGCCUGUUGGUGCUGCCGCUGCCGGCGGCCCCGUCCACGGCCGUGCCGACCCCGGGCGCCUCCGUCGCGGCGACAAGCCCAGAUGGGGCCGCGACGGGGCCGCAGCCCGAAGGGUUCUCUGGCACGGCACCAACCGCAGGGGGCCCCUCUCCAGCCCCCGAAACGAGCCAGAGCCCCACCGCGGGAUCCAGGCCGAGCACCAGCAGCCCCACAGAGACCCCGGGGCCCAGCCCCGCAGGGACCCGCGGCCCCUCCAGGCCGGUGGAUCCCAGUACGACCCCCCGUCCCGGUCCUUGGCCCCAGCCGGUGAUGGACGUGGCCACAUUGUGCACCUGUGACCUCUUGGUGGACCAGUGCGAUAUCAAUUGCUGUUGUGAUCCCACCUGCACUGCUGCAGAUUUCAGCCUUUUCACGGCAUGCUCAGUUCCGGUUGUCACAGGUGACAGCCAGCUCUGCAGCCAGCAAGAAGCUCUUUAUUCAAUGGACACAUCAGCACACCCUCCCAAGAGGACCUAUCAACUAGCUGACAAGGUCAACCCCAGUGUUUUCUGCGUCCAGACCGUCAACUACAAAGCCGCACUGACCUUCCAACCUCCAGAAAUACCUACUUCGGAAAAUUUUGAUCAAUUGCUCCAGGGCUAUGUUGGAAUUCCCUCUAGUACCGGAACAGACUUUACAUCAAGUGUUGAAUCGGAAACCCGGAGUGCUGCUAAUGGCGAUGAAAUCAGCAGAUAUGAGUACAGAGAUCCGAUACAGACAGCAGAUGGGUUUCUGUGGCUUCCCGCUCCGCUGUUCUUCUCCCAGUGUGCCGACAUCAAUCCUGCAGGGUUCCUUGUAAACCAGGCUGUGAAAUGCAGCCGGAUGAUCGAGGCAAACGAAUGCACCACCAUUCCGGCUCUUGGCAUGGAAUACUACACCAAUUCGAGCAUUCUGGCGGUACCAAACUCAAGUCAAAAGGUGAACGUCACUGUCCAGUCCAUAACCGUGCAGACCCUGCAAGACCCUGCAAGAUUGCGCACACGCCUUGAGAGUACCGGUCUGUUGCUUCCCAAGUUGCAGGGUCAGAUGUGCAGCAAUGUGGUUCUUGAGGCGAGGUAUCUGAUUACUUUCACAGAGAUGGGUGAAAUCACCAGCGUGGCUGUGUCUCUUGUCCUGGCGACCGUCACCGUUGGUUUCAUCCAGCAAAGCUUUGAAAUCCAUUUCAUUCCGCAAAACACUCAACCGAUUGUUCUGAGUGGGAAUCCUGGCUAUGUAGUUGGGCUGCCCAUCAAAGCUGGAUUUAGAUCUCCUGGCUCUGGAAUCAUCCAGACAAUGAAUGAAGAUGGCCAGCUCACCAUGUUGAAAAGCACAUCCACUCAGGAUUGUUUAGCGGUGGAAGGAAUCAGAACUCCUGUAUUAUUUGGGUACAACAUGAUGUCUGGCUGCCGGCUACGAAUUACCAAAGAUGCCGACUGCCUGCUUUUGGCCCCAGCCCUCCUGAAUGUGCUGAAGGGGCAAAACUUCCCAGACUGUGUGGCUUCUUUUGGAAAUUCUGAGCCCCAGAACAGACUGGACUGGGUGCAGAUUGUUUACAACAUCAGCCAACCAAGCAGCUGUGAAAUACCCGUGUGGUUCGAAAUCUUAGUGAAGUGGACUAAAUACGGCUCUUUGCUUAACCCUCAAGCCAGAAUCACAAGCCUCACAGUGACGGUGGUGACAGCGGCCUUGCCACAGGUCGAUUCAGGAAGCGAACGGACUAUUCCGAUCCUAAGCGCCGUGACUUUUGUCGACGUUUCUGCACCGGCUGAGCCAGGCUACAAAUCUCGGCCAACCGUUGAGGCCAAAUUGCCGUUUGACUUUUUCUUUCCAUUUGUUUAAAAGAAUGUUAAAGGAGGAAGCCCUGUGUGGGAAGCGAGAUGACCCUCUUC